UCCAUUUCCUUCCUCUCUGACUCUGUAAAAUUCAUUUCCUUUCUUCGUUUCCACCGAAAGAGCUUCAAAACCCGCUCCCUCAUGCACGGUGGUCCGCCGUCGAGGGAGAUAACCUCCAGCCCUGUCGAGGUUCGAAACUUGUCGCCUCAAGGAUUCUGCUAAAGCCACAAAAUUCAAGAAACCGAGGAAACUAGUUUCUUAAGCAUAUUGCUAAACCCUAGAAUAAUGGUUUGAAAUUCUCGAUACUUUUUUGAGUGUUUUCCUUAUAAAAAUUCUCGGCUUUUCCCCUUCACAGCCCCAUUUCUGAAGCUCCUGAUAUUGACAUCAGCGAGUGAUCAAGAAACCAUAAACUGAUGGCAUGAGAAGAAAUGCUGACAAGUAUGCAUGAAUUCCGCACAGUAUACUCGAUGUGGAUUAGAUGGGACGAAUAGUCAGUGUGUUGAAAUAAUAAGAAAUUUUUGGGCAGUUGAACAGCCGAAGCUUUCUUACUGUGUUCUGGAGUUAUCUCGCAGCAAAGCCAACAUGUCAUUGUCCAUGUCCAUCCAGCUGUUGGAGUCCAUAACUUGCCCGCCACCAGACUCAUUCAUGCACCAUUCUCAUUUUUCAUCCAAGCGAACAAAGCCACCUUGCCUGUCCUUCCGGCCUUCAAAAUCCUUCCAAUCCCAUUUCUUCAAACUUGAUGAACCUGUGAACUCAACCACUUACGCCUUUAUUCUCGAAUCUUGUGUGUGCCCGAGUUUGGGUGAACAGGUGCAUGCUCACUCCAUCAAGACUGGGUUUCAAGAGCAUGACUUUGUUGAAAACAAGUUGCUUCAGAUGUAUGGAAGAACUGGCUGUUUAAAAAAUGCGAGUUUGCUGUUCGACAAAAUGCCUCUUCGAAACGUGUAUUCAUGGACAGCUAUCCUGAGUGCUUAUGUUGAUCAUGGGUUAUUUGAGGAAGUGCUUCUUCUUUUUCAAGAACUGCUAGACGAAGAUGUUCAAUUGGACUUCUUUUUGUUCCCUGUGGUGUUAAAGAUAUGUUAUGGUCUUGAUGCUUUGGAAUUGGGUAGGCAACUACAUGGGAUUCUCUUGAAAAGUCAGUUUGUUAAAAAUAUUUAUGUGGGCAAUGCUCUGAUAGAUAUGUAUGGUAAAUGUGGAAGCUUAGACAAUGCAAAGAAAGUUCUAGAAAAAAUGCCAACAAAGGAUUGUGUUUCUUGGAAUUCUAUUAUCACUGCUUGUGCUACAAAUGGGAAGGCAUAUGAGGCUAUGGAUCUCUUACAAAAUAUGUCUCUUGCUGAUGUGAUACCCAAUAUAGUUUCUUGGAGUGCAGUCAUUGCAGGAUUUGCACAAAAUGGUUAUGACGAGGAAGCAAUUCAACUUCUCUUUAAAAUGCAAGCAGCAGGGCUCGAACCAAAUAUGCGGACACUGGCAAGUGUUAUUCCUUCUUGUGCAAGGUUACGAAAACUGAACCUCGGGAAAGUAUUACAUGGUUUUAUCAUUAGACGUAAUUUCACGUCUAAUGCUUUUAUCAUUAAUGGGUUGUUAGACAUGUAUAGGAGGUGCAAUGAUAUGGAAAGUGCCUUCAAAAUGUUUUCCAAGGUUUCAAGGAAAUGCUCUGCUUCUUACAAUACAAUGAUAGCAGGGUAUAGUGAAAAUGGCAACAUCUUUAAAGCCAGGAGGUUAUUUGAUGAGAUGGAGCAGGAGGGUGUUGAAAGGGAAAGAAUAUCAUGGAAUUCAAUGAUUUCAGGAUACGUGGACAACUUUCUGUAUGAUGAAGCCUUAAGCUUGUUUCAAGAUUCACUUAAAAAUGGAAUUACUCCAGAUUCCUUCACUCUUGGAAGUGUUCUUACUGCUUGUGCUGACACGGCUACCAUUCUACGAGGGAAACAGAUACAUACCCAAGCCAUUGUCAGAGGUCUGCAAUCCAACAGUUUCGUUGGCGGAGCUUUGGUAGAAUUUUACUUUAAGUGCCAUGACAUAUUUUCUGCUCAAAGGGCUUUUGAUGAAGUGAGUGAAAGGGAUAUAGCAACUUGGAAUGUUUUGAUAUGUGGCUAUGCGCACUGCAAUCAAUCUAAAACGGUUCAAGAACUUCUCCAGAGAAUGGUAAGUGAUGGUUUUGAGCCCAAUAUGUAUACUUGGAAUGGUGUUUUAGCUGGGUGUGUGGAAAAUAGCCAUUAUGAUUCAGCAAUUCAAUUGUUCACUGAGAUGCAAAACUCAAAUUUGAAACCAGACAUAUACACAGUUGGAAUAAUUUUAACAGCAUGCUCUAAGUUGGCCUCCAUCCAACGAGGAAAGCAGGUCCAUGCAUAUUCAAUUAGGGCUGGGCACGAUUCAGAUGUUCACCUUGGAGCUGCCUUAGUGGACAUGUAUGGGAAAUGUGGGCAUAUCAAGUAUUGCAUGAUUACUUAUAACAGAAUAUUAAACCCUGAUCUGGUGUCCCACAAUGCUAUUCUUACUGCUUAUGCCAUGCAUGGACAUGGGAAGAAAGGAAUUGCUCAUUUUCGCAAAAUGUUAGCUGGCCAAGUUAGACCAGAUCACAUCACUUUUCUAUCAGUUCUUUCUUCAUGCGUUCAUGCUGGAUCAACUGAGAUGGGUCGUGAAUGCUUUUCCCUGAUGGAAACUUACGGCUUGGCGCCCACAUUGAAGCAUUAUACAUGUAUGAUUGUCCUCUUGAGCCGUGCAGGCAAACUCAAUGAAGCAUAUGAACUUAUCAAGAAAAUGCCAAUGGAAGCUGAUUCUGUGACGUGGAGUUCUCUGCUUGGAGGUUGUUUUAUUCACGGUGAAAUUUCCCUAGGAGAAAUUGCGGCUAAAAAUCUCUUGGAGUUGGAGCCUAACAACAAUGCAAACUAUGUUCUAUUAGCGAAUUUAUAUGCUUCAGCAGGGAGAUGGUAUGAUCUUGCUCAAACCAGACAACUGAUGAAAGAAGAAGGCAUGCAGAAGAGUCCAGGAUGCAGCUGGAUAGAAGACAAAGAUGGGGUUCACGUGUUUCUUGCCGGUGAUAGAACUCAUGCAAGAACAGAGGAGAUAUAUUCGACUUUGGAUAAUUUGACUCAUUACAUUAGAACAAGGCAUUCAAGUCAUUUAUGACAUGAGAAUCUUGUUUUUCCCUUCUUGGCCUGUACAUAAUGUACUGGUUAAACAGAAAUAAGAAAGCCGAGUGUUUGGGGGGGGGGGGGGGGAGUUGGGAAGUGCUCUACAACACAAUCAAAGCAUCGAGAGAAGCCCAUCUCUCUGUGUCUUAACAUGGCUCCGAGUAAUGUCCUUCAGAUUAGGGCAUCCAGUUAGAGCCAUAGUGAGCUCCAGCUCUGUCUUGAGUGUUUCAAUGACAUGUCUCACCCCACCUUCCCCUUUUACAGCAAGUCCAUAUAUUACUGGCCGUCCAACCUGCAUGGACCAGUAAUUGAUGAUAGUAAUUAUUGAAUUUUAAGGGAAAUUUUUAAGAUUCAUAAUUAUUGAAGAUUACUGAUCUGAA